AUGUAAUCUCUACAAGCAGUCUAAGAGGAGAAAAGCAACGAUAGAUGUUUUUAAGAAGAACUUUAGUCAAGGAGAUAAAUUAUAGUAAAAAUUCUCAAUAUUGCAAUUUCCUAAAGCUAAGGAUCUCCUUAAUUAUAAAAGAUGUUGCUUGAAAAUGGUCAACAUCAAGAUUGUGAAAGAGUCUCUACUCAUUUCAGUCUUAAAUUAAGAAGGUCAGAGUAAAUUAAAAAAAAUCAAAUCCUAAAUUCAAGCCUUUAUUUAGAAAAUCCUUUCAAAAAGGUUCCAGAGAAAAGAAAAAAGUGGUUUAUCUUUAAAGAAGAGAUCCUUAAUGAAAACGGAUUAAGAAUUGCCACUAUAAAUUAAUGUUUUUACCCAUUUCUGAUUCAACAUUAUCAUUUAGCCCAAUUGAAAUUGUCUCUAACCGAACUAAUUCUAGAUGAGUGA